AUGCAGACACUCGCUGACUCAGGCAGACACUCGCUGACACGGGUGCUGGGCCAGAGACAACAGGAGCUGGACGACCAUCCACAGCUGCACAUUUUCCAAACAACUCUGCUGCAAGUGCUGGGCCACAGACAACAGGAGCUGGACGACCAUCCACAGCUGCACAUUUUCCAAACAACUCUGCUGCAAGUGCUGGGCCACAGACAACAGGAGCUGGACGACCAUCCACAGCUGCACAUUUUCCAAACAACUCUGCUGCAAAGUGACACUUCCUCCUCCUGCCAGACUGUACCAGAUACUGACAGACCCAGUUACUAUUGUACCCAGCUCAGCCUGUCUCUGAAACUCCAAAUGCCCCUGCGCUUGUUUCCAGAGAACCACUUUUAUUGUGAGUUGUUCUGUUCUUUACUUUCCACAGGUGCUGGGCCACAGACAACAGGAGCUGGACGACCAUCCACAGCUGCACAUUUUCCAAACAACUCUGCUGCAAGUGCUGGGCCAGAGACGACAGAAGCUGAACUACCGUCCACAGCUGCACAUUUUCCAAACAACUCUGCUGCAAGUGCUGGGCCAGAGACGACAGAAGCUGAACUACCGUCCACAGCUGCACAGUUAGAAAUCACUAGUACUGCAGAAGAGCCUGAUUCAAACGUUGCAUGGGCACAAAUUUUGAUGUCAAUUUUAACUUCAGCUGUCAUGACUUACACACUCUCCAAGCUGCUCCUACGAAAGGGGAUUGUCUGCCGGAAACGACCCGGGGCAUCGACUGCUGCUCAGUUGGCCUGUACCAGAGUUAAAAAAGAUGCCUCUGCUGGAUCGAACAAUCAACCCCUGAUGAGCACAGUUUGACAGCCUGAACACUCUCUUUUAGUGCGCAUUACUACACGGCAACAACCCCCAGACCAGCCCCCUCCUCUACCAGCGAUGCACCACUCCACUACUACCACCCAGCGUCUGAAACGGUGCAGGAAGUGUGUUCGAAAGAAGACGCCAAAGCCACUUCUGUGGGAUGCGCGGUCCUUAGACUGUGAGGGUCCAUGGGUCUUUUUCCCCUGUUCAGGCUAUGGGGGACAGGUUUUUGGCCCAGGGGACUCCGGGAUCAGGGGAGGAACCCGUUAAACAUCGGACCUCGAAAUUCACUUGGCCCAUGUUGGGGUCGGCAAGAUUGUCAUUGGCACACAGGAGGUCUGUACUUAACUCUUUCUCCCUCUGAGUGAGACCAAAAGCUCUCAAAGCGGGGGAUGAUGCAAAAUAAAAUUAUAGGGGCAGACGAAGGGUUAAAUCUCACAGUGAUCAGCAGGAUGAUGUACUGAUUUGUGGAGUGUUACAAUAAUCAAUAGAAUGCUGUACCUUAACAGAAUGAAGUGCUUGAGCAUAGGUCAAGGGAGUGUAAAACAAUGGUAGGACACCCAGGUUAGCUAUUAACGGCAGCCUAAUUAGGUUAAUUAAAGCAUGUAACAUAGAAGUAAGGUCUAGCAUGAUGUAAUGGGGACAACCCGAGGCGAAGGACCAUUGUGGCAGAUGUGGUAAUAAAUAAGAAAUUUGGAUACAGGCACAAGAUGGCUUCUCGAUGCAAGUUAGCAACAAAAUGGCUUCUAGGCUGCGAACUUGAUUAAUUCUGCGAGAGUUACAUAAAUCACUAACCCUCAGACUGCUGCAAAGGAAGACAGUAGACAAUGCGCCUUUCAGAAUACAGCAGUAGCCUGAUAAGAUAGAGGAUUACUAACCGCUCUAACUGACCUUCAAGUGCAGGUGCAGUGGCUCUCUGUCGUAAGAUAAAAAAAUGAUCUAAGUGUAGUGACAUAAGUUGUUUACCAGUUAAUAUCAUUGGGCUUGCUGAUAAUUUUGAAGAAAAUAGGUUAGCAAAAAGGUAUAAAAAAAACGAGCCACGAGGAUCGGGGGUGAUCGAGAAACCAUUUUCUGAUUGUGACAGCUUUUGUUUGCAAAUAAAAGUUUAACUUCCUGAAGAA